ACAGGACAGUCUACAGUUUACAGCAUCGCAAUGGACACUAGCUCUGUUUCAGCAGGUAACAACGCAACGUGUUCGAGCUAUUAGCUAGCUUAGCUUAUGCUAGCUAACGGACAUUCAAAGAGGAUUGCUCACGGAAGUUUUCAGGUAGUUAACUCAACAAUGUUUGAAUAAAAAACGACCACAACAGCGCAAAAACGUAAACAUACACGCCGACUCGGUCGUAAGAGUUGGUGGUUUUGUCACAAACUCAAACGCUAAGACGAUGCUAAGUAACGUUAGUUUAGUUUAACCGAAAACGAAGGGUCGCUAACGGUUAACGCCACAGGUAUAACGCCCUCUGAGGUGCGCUACCUGCGCAGUGAUUUGACCCGAUGACAGCUAAAACAAAGGCGCAGCUGGCACACCUGCCGCGGACAGAGAUCCUCGUGUACUGGGUGCUGUCCUUUGGCUCUCACCUGUACUCUUUCUACCAGCUGCACAGAUUCUCCAAAGAGCAUGAAACAGGAUUAGAAAGAGAAUUACAGCUGGAAAAGGGACUUGUCAAGGGUUUUAAAAGGGACCCGUCAGACUUUGAGUGGAGUUUCUGGACUGAAUGGGCUAAGAAGUCUUUACUCUGGACUUUGAUUGGUCAUGGCGUGAUAUCGAGAUUGACCUGCAUCUUUUACCCCGAGCUCAGGGUACCAGCAGUCACAAUAUAUGGCCUCUUGGCAGCCAGCAGUGUGUUGGGGAUUAAAGGUGUAAGUGUGCUGCUGGUACAGCUGGGCCUGUCAUUUUCAGUGGCUCAACUGAGAAAGCCUGCUCUGUCAUGGGCCUGCAACCUGCUGCUGCUCUCCACACUUCACAUCCAACCACUUCAACAGAUCCAGAGAGGCUGGUAUAAGACUGAGGAGGAGUACUAUCUGCUGCUCUUCAGUGUUGCUGUCUGUGGUCUACGCUUCAUCAGCUUCAGCCUGGAGCACUGCUGGUGCCCCGCAGACCGUGGUGGAGUUGUGCAGCUUUGCUGGUUGUUUUCAUACACUUUCUAUCAUCCCUUUUUCUACAAUGGACCCAUUAUUACAUACAAAGACUACGUUGAGCAGAUGCGGAGGCCUGCUGAGGGGUGCGACAGGGACGAAUCUGCAUUUAGUUAUCUGCUGCUCAGAUCAGGACGGAUCAUACUGUGGUGGUGCAUCGCCGAAUACAUGAUCCAUGUAAUGUACAUGCACUCCAUCCAGUCUAAUGAGACCUACUUAGAAAUCCUUCCUCCCUGGGCCUUGGGCGGUCUGGCCCUGGCCCUCGUCCAGUUCUUCUAUUUGAAGUAUCUGGUGCUGUUUGGACUUCCAUCCAUGCUGGCUACUUUGGAUAAACUAGCUCCCCCAAAGCUUCCUCGUUGUGUCAGCAUCAUGUACAGUUUCACAGGGAUGUGGAGGCACUUUGACGAGGGCCUGUAUCGAUGGCUCAUCAGAUACAUCUAUGUGCCGCUGGGAGGAUCCCGGCAUGGUCCUCUUUACAAAAUGUUAUCCACUGGCCUUGCAUUCGGAUUCGUCUGCCUCUGGCACGGCGGCCAUGACUACUUACAGUACUGGGCUCUGAUGAACUGGGCUGGAGUUCUGAUGGAAAAUGGACUGAAGUCUCUCUUUGCCUCUUCCUUUAUUCACUCCAUCGUUGAGCAGAAUUUCUCUGCGGCGAUGGAGAGGCGCUGCGUUGCCCUUGUCUCUGCCUUCUCCACUGCCUUGCUCAUCCUCUCUAAUCUGGUGUUCCUUGGGGGGAUACAUGUUGGAAGAAUCUUCUGGAAGCGUGUCUUUGUUCAAGGCUGGUCCACGUUGGCCCCGCCUAUGCUGGCUUUUCUCUACUGUUUUGCUCAGAUCGGACUAGAGAGGACUUCUCACCCACCGUGAGUCACCUUGACCUUUUAUUGGAGCGAGAAUCCCUGCUACCGGACAACCAGAACAACCUGCUGAGUCCAGUGCCUUCUCCCCACAAGCCAGAGUCUCUGUGGCGAACCUGGCUCACGGCCACAGAACCCGUCCAAACCUGGCUGAAGUGCAGCUGAGCAGCCACUUUUCACAAUCUGCAAGACCAGGCAAAAUCUGUCCGUAAGAUGAGACUUAAGCUAUUCUCUCUAAGGAGAGAGUUUCCUCCUGAAAAAUGUAAGUGCAUGCAAACUGUAAUGGUGUAAUGCUGUAAAUUCAGAGCAGUCUCUGAUAAAAGCCUCGGCGGUGCCAAUAAGCUCCACUGAAUCACUGUUUUCUAAGAAACAGUAAAAGAAAUACGGACCCUGAAUCUGUCUUGGUUGUAUGGCUCUGAUAAGGUAUUGCUCGAUGGUGCGGUAAGCCACAAAAAUGCUUAUUUCAUAUUUAAAGUCCUCUUUUAGCAGUUGUGUAUAGCGAGGUAGACGAAAGGCACAGAAGACUGAACAGAGCUGCAGGAACCUGAUCGAUGUCAUUACUAACCCGACAGAUGCAAUUUGUGUAAAGUAGAAUGACACUAAUAUUAGUAGAUGUGUUGCUAAAAAGCUUUACGAACUUUUAAUUCAACACAGUAACAAUGAUAAAUGACAUUUAUUCAGUGGAACGCAGAGGAAAGCUAUUUUUGAGCAAGUUGUUAAUUUUGUGUUAAUGUGUUGUUAUAUAAUGCCUCAUAUCUCCAAAAUGUCAACUGUGCAAUGCCUCAGUCUAAGUUUGGAUUAAAACCUUGUUUUUAAAGUUUCAUGAUUGUAAAUAAUAAUCCAUGUUAUAAU